AUGGCUUUAGUUCAAGAUGACGGGAAACCUGAUAUAUUCCUUACAAUGAUGUGUAAUCCAAAAUGGCCAGAAAUCCUUAAAGAGCUAUUGCUCAGUCAAACUACACAAGAUCGACCGGACCUUGUUGCAAGAAUUUUUCGUGCCAAAUUAAAGGAUCUCAAGGACCAACUCUUCCAGAAGAAGAUCCUCGGCACUGUCAAGGCAUAUGUUUAUGUCAUCGAGUUUCAGAAGCAUGGAUUGCCGCAUGCACAUUUCUUCAUGAUAAUGAGACCUGAUGACAAAAUGACCAAUCCAGAUCAUUACGACAAGAUUGUAUGUGCUGAAAUUCCUGACCUAGCAAAGUAUCCCGAAAUGCACCAGUUGGUUGUCCAACACAUGAUGCAUGGUCCUUGCGGUCAUUUACGACCGUCCAGUCCUUGCAUGCAAGGUGAGCCAAAAAUCUAUCGUUUUAGAUAUCCUAGACAAUUCAACUAUAAAACAUCACAGGCUGAGAACUCAUAUCCGUUAUACCGGAGAGAAAUAUUGGAAGAGAUGUGA